AUGGAAGCUCAUAUCAAGCCACUCCUCUUGCAUGCGCAUGCUACGGGUCCCAAUCCGAUCAAGAUUGCGAUCGCCUUGGAAGCCCUUCAUGUGCCAUUCACUGUGAAACUCUGGGAUAUGAGCGACGAGCCGGACAAAGGUGUGAAGGGUACGACUUUUCUCAAGAUCAAUGAAAACGGACGUGUUCCUGCCCUUGAGGAUCCGAAUACAGGAGUUGUGGCGUGGGAAUCUGGGGCAUGCAUGAAUUAUAUCCGGCGAGUAUACGACCUGGGAAAUCAGAUUGGACCAUCCGGAGGAACGGCGCAAGACCUUGUCGAUUUUGAGAAAUGGGAAUAUUUUCUACUGUCGUCUCUUGGUCCGAUGACUGGACAGGUGAAUUGGUUCAGACACUAUCACUCGCAGAAAAAUGACGAUGCGCUCCAGAGAUACGUUGCUCAAACAUACCGAUGCUAUGAUGUUGUGGAGGAACAAUUGAAAAAGUCAAGCGGAACAAGCAUCCUACCAAGCAGAGUGACAGCAGUCGACUAUCAUUUCGAGCCGUGGGUCAGACAGCACAAGUUCGCUGGCCUCUCUUUGGAUAAAUAUCCCUUGAUCACCAAGUGGCUUGGACUCAUGGGCUGCCGAGAGGAGGUCCAGGAGGCGUAUUGCAAAAUCCAACACGAUGCAAAAAAAUGA